AUGGGACCGUAUAUUCGCAUCAAGAGAAAAAACCAGACUGUGUUCUUGGAUGUACAAUUGACUGAUACUAUUCGAAGUAUUAAGGAGAAGCUAAGUGUACUAUUCCAUCUUCCACCUACAAGUAUUCAACUCUGGCAGGGUCUUGAUCAGAAAGAAAGCAAAGAGUUGGUGGAUGCAACGACGUUAGCAGACCAUGACGUGCAAAAUGAUGCAAUGAUUUAUAUGUGCUGGAAGAAAGAGAAUUCUGACCAAUGGGAAGAGCUAGAUAUCACCAAGGUAGAACCUCUCAAUGCUGGUGAUGUAUCAACAAGAUCACUUGGAAAUAAUGGACUGGGAGGAACUAGCACCAAACAACAAAUAGAGACGUAA